AUGACCCUGCCCGAUGCCUACGAACGUCUCCUGAUCGAUGUGUUUGCGGGAACGCAGACAAACUUUGUCCGUGUGGAUGAACUGCACGAGGCCUGGCGCAUAUUCACGCCGGCUCUGAAGGAACUGGAGGAGAAGCGCGUGAAACCGCUGCCCUACAAAUAUGGCUGGUUAGUUGAUCUCCCCCCUUCCCCCCCCCCCACCUCCUUUUUGUCCUCCCAAGACCUACCGAGUACAUCACCAGCCUUGAGCUGGCGUUGGGGCACGGGGCGCAAGCUACUGUAUCGUGUAGUGUCGCACCCCUCCGACUCCCCACCCCAGUCAACCUGAGCUGCCUAGAACUCGACCACAUUGGUUCAUUGCGUGCCUCAGUCGAACUGCAUGCAUUCUUCACCGUUGCCCUACAUGGAGCAAAACGGCUUAGUGAAUCCACGCUGAGUGAUUCACCUCGGUUUGUUUGCUAUUCUUUUCCGACUUGGAGAUUACAUUGUGGUCUGAGGGGGGGCGGGUUUACUAUGUUAGACUUGAAAGACAAAGCUCUAAGUAUUAGAAGACUGGCCUACCGUAGUCCAUAGUUAUAUAUAUAUAUAUAUAUAUAUAUAUAUAUAUAUAUAUCAGCGAGGAUUCCUGAUUGAUAUAUAUAUGCAUGUCAAGUAGGCGUUUGGCACUCACUGUUGUGGUUAGGAUCUCACUCGAUCCCAUUCUAUCUGACGACGGGUUGGUGUUAUCCGCUCGAAGAUUCACGAAUACAACUCGAUUUUUUCCGACGAGUCUUCUAUCUUCAUCAUAUUAUCUCGGAAUGCACGCUACUGUCAUAAUUAAUAUUCCCGAUCACAACCGACAGGACAACGGGCCCGUGGCUCAAUGGUAGAGCGUCAAACUCCAUGACCAAAGAUCCCGGGUUCAAAUCUCAAGUGAUCCACACUUGGGGUUGGGUAUGACUGGCUGAUGACGGCUAAUAAGCCAGAAAUGGCCAUUCCGGUCUCCCUUGUCUUUGUCGGUAUCAUCUCAUAUAUAUAUAUAUAUAUAUAUAUAUAUAUAACCCCCACCCGAAGUUGAUGUUUUAUGAGCUUGCAACUUUCCUUCGUUAGGUAGUCGUUUGAACUUCGUUGUCUGCAGUGUGCUCACCAUAGUCAUUUUCUUGUCCAAACUUUGACUAUCCGCCAAAAAAUGAUGCAUAGGAUGGUCUACUCAUCAUACUUAUUCGCUUGGCUUUGUGACAGUGUACACCAUAGAACCGCACAGUCGAUCUGACUUAGGUACUCAUUCAUAAUUAUGUAUGGUUAUAUGGGCAGUGUCCAGUACUUAAGCGAUUCAGGCUUUAGAAGGAAAUGCAAAACUUUUUGUCGGAUGUCAUUGUUGUCGAGGUUGUUUCUUCUGGUAUCGUCCUCACAGCAUUUAUGAACAGCUAUCAACAAUGAUGUUGAAGUGGUGUUGUUUGUUGCUGCUUUCACGGGAUGCAACGCCUUCCGGAGGGUAGGAGGGGCGGAGGAUUGGCCUUUUCGCCAACGGCAUUUUUACAACCGAAACAAUCUAGUUGGAAUUCAAAAACCUUCCAUGGGAUACUAUGCUCUUAUCCCAUCAGUCCAAUGUUAUUGCUCGGAAGUUUCUUUUCAUACUUAAUAUUGAUAGUCAUUUCUGCCGUUUUUUGGACCGCUUAUAUUGCCGUCUGUCGGGAUAGGUAGUAACGGACCUCAAUUCUGACAUUUUUUGUUUGUUUUUGUCCUUUGAGUGACUCCAAGGGAAACAAGCCAGUUAUUUUCUCGUAAUCGAUCAUCCUCGGUUGUUUCCCGGCCAUCACAAACGCAGGACGAUGUUACAUUUUGCGAUCCUGCUCCGUUGAAGGUCCGAAGAAAAUAGCCGUUCCCGUAUGCAGUGAUGCCCAACAGUAGGUGGGCUGGCUCAUGAAAUGUCGACCGAAAUUCCGAAAUGCGUUUUCGUUUCGAAAAGAUUAAUUAAACAGAGUUUUAAAAGCAGUCAUCCUGCAGCAUAAUUCUAUAAUUAUUCAGUUAAUUCAGGAUGCUGGCUUUCGAGGAGACUUUCUUCCGGCUGCAUGCAAAAACUAUACUAUGUAAAAAACGACUGCCUAAUUAGCAUUCAUUUUUCUCAUUGAUUUUCGAUGCCCUGAAAGUCCAAUUAUAUUUCAUGGAAAACAUGCAUAAAAAUAUUCAUUCUCUUUCUCAUUCGGUAAAAAAAUUACAUCUUCUUCCAAUUUUGUACUCGAAGGAAGGGUAUAAUUCGGUUUUCCAAAGGUUUCUAAUUGUGAGAUUUUUGAAUACCAUGAAACGGCCGUUCAUAAAACGUCAGGUGUUUACAUUUACCAAUGUGGCUUGUAAAAUUAACAAUAUGGCUCAAAUCCACUGCUAAAUUUUACGAACCCCAUAUGAUCUCCUCUUAAUACCAUAGAGAAAUGUUUGGAUUUCCGUACGCUGAUAAUAUACGGAUCGUAGUUUGGAAACUCUGAAUGCAAGUGUAAACGGCAGGUCAGGAUUCAAAAUUACUUGAGAAUUGGAAAAGUUUUUUAAAACCGAAUUGUACACUUCCUUCGAGUAUAAAAUUGAAGAAAACGUAAUUGUCUACCGACUGAGCAAAAGAAUGAAUAUAUUUGUGCAUGUUUUCCAUGGAAUAUUAUUGGACUUUCAGGGGUAUCGAAAAUCAAUAAGAAAAAUGUAUGCUAAUUAGUUAGUCUUUUUUUACAGAGUACAGUUUUUGCAUGCAGCCGGGGAGAAGUUCUCUCGAAAGCCGACAUCCCGAGGUAACUGAAUAAUUAUAAAAUUAUGCUGCAUGAUGAUUAGUUUUACAACUCCUCUUAAUUAAUCUUUUCGAAACGAAAACGCAUUUCGGAAUUUUGGUCGACAUUUCAUGUGUUAGCCCGCCUACUGUACUCAUCAAUAUAAGCUUUGUUUGCUAAAAAUGUACGGAAGCAUGUGAAUGUCUCAACAGUUCCCUAAAUCGCGCCGUAGCUCAUGACGUCGGUUAACUAAUUGUCCACCAUUUUGUCUUUUAACCGUCUCCCUUACCUUUUUUGCCCAUUCUUAGUCGUAACGGUCCGGACGAAGCAGACGCACUGAUGAAGCGGGUCGGAUUCCUCUACAGUGGCACCUACACUUGGCCAAAUGCCACAGCAAAUGCGAAGGAUACGGCUUGA